CAACAGUUACCAUGGCUUCGCUCAACUCCAGCAAGCUUUGUCCCUUGUUCUGCGACACGAACCUUCCAAUCAACUGCCCUUUACUACGCGGAAGCCCUUCGCCUAAUUCCGGAUUUAUCGUAGCAUAACCCACAUAAAUGGAGCGAUGAUCGCUAUGAUGUACAUUCCAGCAUGGGCUAAACCCCAUCGCACCCUUUGGUUGGGCCAUUUAGGAGCUGAAUAUGAUGCCAUAGCUAUCGAUUUAUCGAGAUAGCUUGCGAGUAUCUUAGGGUAUAUAGCAUCCAGCUUCCCUCCCCCCUCCUUUUCUCUCACUCCAAUCGACUUAUUAACAACCUCUCACAGACCUUUCCAAACAUCAUCACCUCAAAUCAAUCCCAAGACAUCCAGACGCCAUGAACAACCAAGGACAAGGACAAGGCGUUGAACAGAAAGAGGACUACCUCGACAAGGGUCUCGAUGCCGCUGAGAAGAAGUUCGGACAAGGCAAGAUCGACCCUCAAAAGUCCCGCGGCAUGAACGAAAAGAUCACCGACUCAGCUCGAGGGAUGUUUGAGAAGGCUACGGGCAAGAAUGUCCCGGAAAAGUUCAGCAACUAGAUUACCCAUCAAGGGUCAUUGCGGACUCUCAGGCGUUGACGAAGGUGGGAAUAGGAUGUUGACCUCGGACCUACUCGGCGAAAGAGGUGGCCAGGACGGACAUACAAUCUCUAAUGUAACACUGUUACUGUGUAUCAAAUGAAAGGAAAUUACAAGAUAUA